UCGAGACGUCGGACAGAAAUACAAGGGAACCACUUGAUAUAGUUCUUUGCGUUUAAAUAUGGAGUUUAAUACGUAUGCUUUUCUAUGUGAGGGUAGUAUUGUCACGUUAUCCUGCUGAAAGUGAAGAUGGUUCGCGAUGUGCUGAUAUUGUUUGGCAUGAGAGCGCGAAAUUUAAAAUGGGAGAGAGGCAAAUACCAAAUGUUCGAGGCUUUGGGGUGUCAUUCAUGCUUUAAGUCACAGUGUGCGAGCUGGCGGGUCCACGUGUCAGAAAGGCUGUUCACCAGUCCCUGUCACCAGAAGGUGAGUGCGGGACCUCGGAAGCAGGUGUGUGAAGUUGUCUUGCAGCACUUUGACCAGCAGUACAGUCAGGAGCUCGGCCAGCUGUGGGUGGUAGCCAGGGAGGUACUCCUGCAGCCACACUGCUGGCAGUAUGGAAUCAUGCUGAACCGCUUCUGUGCUCCAGAGGAUCUGAGGCAGCGGCUCUGCCUGCAGGGCUUCUCCAGCCUUGUAGACCACGGUUCCCUGCAGUGCUUCGUCCAUCCAGCUCGCACCCGCUUCCCCUCGCAGAAGCACCAGCCCGGCUGGCUGAAACAAUACUACCUGCUUAACGCGGCCUCCCUACUCCCUGUGCUGGCCCUGGACAUGAGAGAAGGAGACCGGCUCCUGGACAUGUGCUCAGCUCCUGGGGGCAAAGCUCUGGCGGUCCUCCAGUGUGUCACACCAGCGUCGCUGCAUUGCAAUGAGUUAAACUUUGAACGGCAGCAGUGGCUGAGCAAAACCCUGGAGUCCUACGUCCCACCAGCUGUAAGAAACAUUCUCACAGUCUCUAACCUGGAUGGAAGAACGUUUGGAGAGCUCCAGGCGGACACUUUCGACAAGGUUCUGGUGGACGCCCCAUGUUCUAACGACCGGAGCUGGCUGUUCUCAGCCCACCCGCAGCAGAGUGCCAUGAGGCUGGGGGAGAGGACCAGGCUUCCAGAGAUCCAGAGGGACCUUCUCAGGUCAGCCUUGGCAGCAGUUCGUCCUGGAGGUCUGGUUGUUUACUCCACCUGCACCCUGUCCCAUGCGGAGAACGGCGCCGUGGUCCAGGAAGUCCUGUCCUGCUGCUCCAAUGCAGAGCUUCAGAACCUGGAGGAGAUGUCCUGUUCCCUCGGUCAUCGCUUCACCUUCGGCCCCAGCUCCCCAUUUGGUCUUUUAGUUGUCCCAGAUCAUGGUCGGACUUGGGGGCCUAUGUUCCUCUCUAAGCUUAAAAGACUGUAUUAAAACAUUUGAAUAUAAUAUUCCAUAUGUUGCUCUUAUGAGCAAACCUUUUUAUGUUCCUCUUAAGCAUGUGGGAGAACAGUAAUAUUAGUAGGAUUAGUAGGACAAACAGUGGCACAUGAAAGGAAGUACUGGUCGUGAGUGGAAACAGCUUUAACAGAAGGGUGCAGAAAAUCAAAAGAUGCUUUCACGCUGCCGGAACUUUUUUCCGGGAACCAGGGACUUCUGUUAUGUUCACAACACAGGAACUCAACGAGACUGUAGUUCCUCAGAGGCAGUUUGAGAUCCCUUUUUAGUAUCUAUUCCAGACUAGGUACUUUUCAAAUGAACUCACACUACUAGGGAGGCGCUUACAGUGGUUGCUUGCUGAUGGCACUAACUUGAAAGUUAUGUAGAAGUGCAGAAAAAGAGAUGUAGCUGAGAAAAAAUGGAUCAGAUGUAUUUUUUCGUAUCCCAGUUACAUUUAGUGCAUCAAUUAAUAAACUUUUUGCUUGUGUCUCCAUAUUUCUGCAUCAGAAAAGUUGAUCACUAACUAAUAUACUUUCGUCUAACCCUGGGGAACCCAUGGGGUCAUAUACGACCCAUCCUUUUAUUUCUGCCUUACAUUCAACCCACUCAUGAAAGUUAAGAAUUUUUUUUUGCUUUACAGACCAUAUACGACCCAGUAACAGUGACAUUUAGUGAUUACUGACUGAAUCAACCAGAUUUUUUUACACAAUAAAUAUGGCCCCCAACGUGUUUUGAGGUUGUUGCUGUACAUGCUGCAAAGAUUCACCUGUCAAGCUGUGAAUAGGUAAGUGGCAGAAAUUUUGCAUCAUCAGUUAUAAUGUUUAGAUGUUAUAGAACAUGUACAACUAGGUUUUGGAUGUUUUGAAACUUUUCUGGCAACUGGGAUGAUCAUGUUCCAUGUGCUCAACAUCAGCCUCAGACAAAAACAGAGGGAAUACAGGUGGUGCAGCAGACCUUACAAGCCACCACAGGUAAACGCUCUGUGUGUAGUACACCUUUUUGCAGGUCUAUUCACUUGACCUGUUUCUUGAUGGGUUGGCAUGUUUGAAGCAUGUGUUUUAUUGCCAGCACAUGGUGAAUGAUGAAAAGGAAAACUCAAUAAAUGCAUUUUGAAAAUGA